GCUGUGGCCGGUUCCCAGUGUGGGGCUUCUGCGUGUGGAUUUCACAGCUCUGCUUAGCGCCAUGGUUUGGGAUUAUUUGUGCCGUUGCGGACCGGGAAGCGGUGUCUGGGAAGGACGGCGCUGCUGGGGUAUGGCAUCACAGCUGCAGGUGUUUUCCCCCCCAUCAGUGUCGUCGAGUGCCUUUUGCAGUGCGAAGAAACUGAAAAUAGAGCCCUCUGGCUGGGAUGUUUCUGGACAGAGCAGCAACGACAAAUACUAUACUCACAGCAAAACCCUCCCAGCCACACAAGGGCAAGCCAACUCCUCUCACCAGGUAGCAAAUUUCAACAUCCCUGCUUACGACCAGGGCCUACUCCUCCCAGCUCCUGCAGUGGAGCAUAUUGUUGUAACAGCCGCUGAUAGCUCGGCCAGUGCUGCUACAUCAACCUUCCAAAGCAGCCAGACCCUGACUCACAGAAGCAACGUUUCUUUGCUUGAGCCAUAUCAAAAAUGUGGAUUGAAAAGAAAAAGUGAGGAAGUUGACAGCAACGGUAGCGUGCAAAUCAUAGAAGAACAUCCCCCUCUCAUGCUGCAAAACAGGACUGUGGUGGGUGCUGCUGCCACGACCACCACUGUGACCACGAAGAGUAGCAGUUCCAGUGGAGAAGGGGAUUACCAGCUGGUCCAGCAUGAGAUCCUUUGCUCUAUGACCAACAGCUAUGAAGUCUUGGAGUUCCUAGGCCGGGGAACAUUUGGACAGGUGGCUAAGUGCUGGAAGCGAAGCACCAAGGAAAUUGUGGCUAUUAAAAUCUUGAAGAACCACCCCUCCUAUGCCAGACAAGGACAGAUUGAAGUGAGCAUCCUUUCUCGCCUAAGCAGUGAAAAUGCUGAUGAGUAUAAUUUUGUCCGUUCUUACGAGUGUUUUCAGCAUAAGAAUCAUACCUGCCUUGUGUUCGAGAUGCUGGAGCAGAACUUAUAUGAUUUUCUAAAGCAGAACAAGUUUAGCCCACUGCCACUCAAGUACAUCAGACCAAUCUUGCAGCAGGUGGCCACAGCCCUGAUGAAGCUCAAGAGUCUUGGUCUGAUUCAUGCUGACCUUAAGCCUGAAAACAUAAUGCUGGUUGAUCCAGUACGCCAGCCCUACCGAGUGAAGGUCAUUGACUUUGGUUCUGCUAGUCACGUUUCCAAAGCUGUGUGCUCAACCUACUUACAGUCACGUUACUACAGAGCCCCUGAAAUAAUUCUUGGAUUACCAUUUUGUGAAGCUAUUGAUAUGUGGUCAUUGGGCUGUGUGAUAGCUGAGCUGUUCCUGGGAUGGCCUCUUUAUCCUGGUGCUUCAGAAUAUGAUCAGAUUCGUUACAUUUCACAAACACAAGGCCUGCCAGCUGAAUAUCUUCUCAGUGCCGGAACGAAAACAACCAGGUUUUUCAACAGAGAUCCUAAUUUGGGGUACCCACUGUGGAGGCUUAAGACACCUGAAGAACAUGAAUUGGAGACUGGAAUCAAAUCAAAAGAAGCUCGAAAGUACAUUUUUAAUUGUUUAGAUGACAUGGCUCAGGUGAAUAUGUCCACAGACUUAGAGGGAACAGACAUGUUGGCAGAGAAGGCGGAUCGAAGAGAAUACAUUGAUCUUUUAAAAAAAAUGCUAACAAUUGAUGCAGAUAAGAGAAUUACUCCUCUGAAAACUCUUAACCAUCAGUUUGUAACAAUGACUCACCUUCUGGAUUUUCCACAUAGCAAUCAUGUUAAGUCAUGUUUUCAGAACAUGGAGAUCUGCAAGCGGAGGGUUCACAUGUAUGAUACAGUGAGUCAGAUCAAGAGUCCCUUCACUACACAUGUUGCUCCAAAUACAAGCACAAAUCUAACCAUGAGUUUUAGCAACCAACUCAAUACAGUGCACAAUCAGGCCAGUGUUCUAGCAUCCAGUUCUACUGCAGCAGCUGCUACUCUUUCUCUGGCUAAUUCAGAUGUCUCACUGCUAAACUACCAGUCGGCUUUGUACCCAUCAUCUGCAGCACCAGUCCCUGGAGUUGCCCAGCAGGGUGUUUCCUUGCAGCCUGGAACCACCCAGAUUUGCACUCAGACAGAUCCAUUUCAGCAAACGUUUAUAGUAUGUCCACCUGCUUUUCAAACUGGACUACAGGCAACAACAAAGCACUCUGGAUUCCCUGUGAGGAUGGAUAAUGCUGUGCCAAUUGUACCCCAGGCACCAGCUGCUCAGCCACUACAGAUACAGUCGGGAGUUCUUACACAGGGAAGCUGUACACCACUAAUGGUAGCAACUCUCCACCCUCAAGUAGCCACCAUCACACCGCAGUAUGCGGUGCCCUUUACUCUGAGCUGCGCAGCCGGCCGGCCGGCGCUGGUUGAACAGACUGCCGCUGUACUGCAGGCUUGGCCUGGAGGAACCCAACAAAUUCUCCUGCCUUCAACUUGGCAACAGUUGCCUGGGGUGGCUCUACACAACUCUGUCCAGCCCACAGCAGUGAUUCCAGAGGCCAUGGGCAGUGGCCAGCAGCUCACAGACUGGAGGAAUGCCCACUCUCAUGGCAACCAGUACAGCACUAUUAUGCAGCAGCCGUCCUUGCUAACUAACCAUGUGACGUUGGCCACUGCUCAGCCCCUUAAUGUUGGCGUUGCCCAUGUUGUCAGACAACAACAAUCCAGUUCCCUCCCUUCAAAGAAGAAUAAGCAGUCUGCUCCAGUCUCUUCUAAGUCCUCUCUGGAUGUUCUGCCUUCUCAAGUCUAUUCUCUAGUUGGAAGCAGCCCCCUCCGUACCACAUCUUCUUAUAAUUCCCUAGUCCCUGUACAAGAUCAGCAUCAGCCAAUCAUCAUUCCAGAUACUCCCAGCCCUCCUGUGAGUGUCAUCACUAUCCGCAGUGACACUGAUGAGGAAGAAGACAACAAAUAUAAGCCCAAUAGCUCUGGCCUGAAGGCAAGGUCUAAUGUCAUCAGUUAUGUCACCGUCAAUGAUUCUCCAGACUCUGACUCUUCCUUGAGCAGCCCAUAUUCCACUGAUACCCUCAGUGCUCUCCGGGGCAAUAGUGGACCCCUUCCCGAGGGGCCUGGCAGAGUCGUGGGGGAUGGCACUGGCACCCGCACCAUCAUUGUGCCUCCACUGAAAACUCAGCUUGGUGACUGCACUGUAGCAACCCAGGCCUCAGGUCUCCUGAGCAGUAAGACCAAGCCAGUGGCUUCAGUGAGUGGGCAGUCAUCUGGAUGUUGUAUCACCCCCACAGGGUAUCGAGCGCAACGCGGGGGGACCAGCGCAGCACAGCCACUCAACCUUAGCCAGGUGCGCUCAGGAUGUAAUCUCCAGGAUUUCUAUCAGACCUCCCUAAUCCGUCCUGGAAGAUUAGAGAAAUAUCUGGAAUUUAGAAAGAGCCUAAGAUGCUUUAGUCCGUGCCUAGCUCCAUACCACCACAUGCAUUGAGACAGAUUCUCUUCCUUUAUUGCCCAGGUCAUAGCUCUGAGCCUUACACUGUUUACUUGAGGCAAGAGACAGCGAAAAGCUUUCUGGCCACUUAACUGGUUCUAGUCCUACAUGUUGCUUGAGUCUGGGACUUGGGGUGUUUCCCUCCCAUCUGUUCCUUUGAUGGGGUUGGGUCAGUCACUGUUCUAUUUGUGUUCACUUUUUGCUCAGCUAAAAUUCUGGUGCUUGAACGACGUCUACCAGUAGUGAGAAAGUGUAAAUAUGAGGGUGUAACUGUGUGUGUGCUAUGUGCGUGAGAGAGAGGAAGCACAUGCAAGUGCAAAUGUAAGUUCGAGUUAGGGUUUUAGGCUCCACAGUUGAAGAGGGAUAUGAAGAACUUAGAGGAGAACAAAAGAAAACAAUGGCAAGGAAGAAAGGUUAGGAAAAAUUCAAAGUCACUGACGCCAGAAUAGGGUGAGUUGAGUCAACAGUUAUUCAUGUGCAGGAGUGGAUAAUAACCCUGUGAACUCUUGAUUUCUCCCUUUCUCUGUCAAACUUGAGAGCAAGCUUUCUGCUAUCUGGGCUGGGUUAGGAUCUCUUCUUCUAAGGGGCAGAGAGAUGGCUGGCUGACUUCUGACAGCAUUGCCAGCUGGGGGGAUUCUGUGCUGUGGCAGCCCGGAAGCAGUAUAAGUUAGAACUUCAGCUCUCAUAUUGGCCUUUGGUCCCCUGAACCAGAGUGAUCUCCACAUUCCUCACUCCCUUCUUCCUCCUUCCAGAACCAGCAGUCAUCAUCAGCUCCAACCUCGCAGGAGAGAAGCAGCAACCCUGCUCCCCGCAGGCAGCAGGCGUUUGUGGCCCCGCUCUCCCAAGCCCCCUACGCCUUCCAGCAUGGCAGCCCACUACACUCGUCGGGCCACCCACACCUCGCCCCAGCCCCUGCUCACCUGCCAAGCCAGCCUCACCUGUAUACGUAUGCUGCCCCCACCUCUGCUGCUGCAUUGGGCUCCACCAGCUCCAUUGCUCAUCUCUUCUCCCCCCAGGGCUCCUCAAGGCAUGCUGCAGCCUAUACCACCCACCCUAGCACUCUGGUGCACCAGGUCCCUGUCAGUGUUGGGCCCAGUCUCCUCACUUCUGCCAGCGUGGCCCCUGCUCAGUACCAACACCAGUUUGCCACCCAGUCUUAUAUUGGGUCUUCCCGAGGCUCAGCAAUUUACACUGGAUAUCCACUGAGUCCUACCAAGAUCAGCCAGUAUUCGUACUUGUAGUUGGUGAGCAUGAGGGAGGAGGGGUCAGAGUUCGUAAUCAUGGGCUGUGAAGAGCUCCUUCCUCCCUUACCCUCUCCUGAAACUCCGUAGCCAGCAACUUGCUCUGCAGGGGCCCACUGAAGCAGAAGGCUUUUCUCUGGGGAACCUGUCUCAGUGUUGACUGCAUUGUUGUAGUCUCCCAAAGUCUGCCCUAUUUUUUACUUCUUCGUUUUUGUGACAGCAUUUUUGGUAUUUGGAAGAGUUCAGAUGCCCAUCUUCUGCAAUUACCCAGGAAGAGAGAUCAUUCUGAAGUUAGCCUUUGAAAAAUAUUUUCUCUCUUUGACUUGAUUUCUAUAAAUGCUUUUAAAAACAAGUGAAGCCCCUCUUUAUUUAACUUUAUUGUAUUGUAAUUGCUGAUCAGAGGACAAUGCUGAUAGGAAGACUAGAAAUCUGGUAACAAAUGAGAAAAGAAAGAAUCAUUACUUUCUGCUUAUUUAAAAACCAAGACUUAAUCGCUUACUUUAAGAGCAACUUGCACAAGUCUAUAUUUUACUAUCUCGCACUUCUCCUGAAGAUUUUACCCUUGCUAAUGGGACAUUUAGUGUUUUAGUUUUAUUUUCAUGUGACAUUAUACUUAAUGGAAAAUUGUUAUUUUCUGCAAAACUGGUUACAUGCUACUUUGUGUUGCUUUUGGGGUUCUCUCAGUUGCUCCUGUGUUAAUUAUAGAGUAAUGUUAAAGAGGCAGCUCACCAUUUGCUGGCAACUUAGUGUGUGAGAGAAUCUAUACCUACCGUGAAAGCAUCAGGUAUUUUUUAAUGAAGCCCUGUGUGUUCUUUUUAAAUUAUUUUUUAAAAGUCCUUCUCUCUGAUUCAGCUUAAAUUUUAUUACUAGAAAAGCCAUUAAGGUGGUUAUUAUUGUAUGGUGGUGAUUGACCUAUUAUACGCAAAAUCUCUUUGUAUUAUGCGAUACUGGCAUUGAUGAGCUUUGCCCGAAGAUUUAGAAUGAAUUUUCAGUAAUACACCUCUCUCUCUCUUUGCCUCAUCUCUUCCUUCAUUCUAUGUGAUUUAUUUGGGGCAAAAGCUAGAGAAUCUGACACCAGAUAAGAACGUUGUGUAUAGCUUUUAUACUUUAAAGUAGCUUUCUUUGUAUGCCAGCAGCAAAUUGAAUGCUCUCUUAUUAAGACUUACACAAUAAGUGCAUGUAGGAAUUGCAAAAUAUUUUAAAAAUUUAUUACUGAAUUUAAAAAUAUUUUAGAAGUUUUGUAAUUGGUGGUGUUUUAAUAUUUUGCAUAAUUAAAUAUGUACAUAUUGAUUAGAAGACUAUAACAAGCAAUUUUUCCUGCUAACCCAAAAUGUUAUUUGUAAUCAAAUGUGUAGUGAUUACACUUGAAUUGUGUAUUUAGUGUGUAUCUGAUCCUCCAGUGUUACCCCCGGAGAUGAGAUUGAUGUCUCCAUUGUAUUUAAACCAAAAUGAACUGAUACUUGUUGGAAUGUAUGUGAACUAAUUGCAACUAUAUUAGAGCAUAUUACUGUAGUGCUGAGUGAGCAGGGGCAUUGCCUGCAAGGAGAGGAGACCCUUGGAAUUGUUUUGCACAGGUGUGUCUGGUGAGGAGUUGUUCAGUGUGUGUCUCUUCCUUCCUUCUCUCCUCCUUCCCUUCUUGUAGUGCCUUAUAUGAUAAUGUAGUGGUUAAUAGAGUUUACAGUGAGCUUGCCUUAGGAUGGACCAGCAAGCCCCCGUGGACCCUGAGCUGUUCACUGGGAUUUAUCAGAACAGGAUUGAUUAGUAGCUGUGUUGUGUAUAUGCAUUGUUCUCAGUUUCCCUGCCGACAGUGAAAAAUAAAAACAGCAGCUUCUCUUUUUUACUGUCACCUCUACCCCUUUCCAUGUUGGAGUCUCAGCUGAGUUCUCACAGAAGCAUUUUCCCCACGUGGCUCUCUCACUGUGCGUUGCUACCUUGCUUCUGUGAGAAUUUGGGAAGCAGGUGAGAGGAGUCAAGCCAAUAUUAAAUAUGCAUUUUUUUAAGUAUGUGCAAUCACUUUUAGAUGAGAUUUAUUUUUUCCUUUAUUCCAUGUGGCAGUCCUUCCUGCAAAUAGUUGACAUUCCUAGUAAAAUAUUUGCUUGUUGACAAAACAUGUAACAGAUGUGUUUAUACCAAAGAGCCUGUUGUAUUGCUUACCACGUCCCCAUGCUAUGAGGAAGAGUUUUGUGAUGCCGCUGGUGACAGGGAACUCACAGAAAGGUUUCUUAGCCGGUGAAGAAUAUCGAGAAGGAACCAAAGCCUGUUGAGUCAUUGGGCUCUUGAGGUUUCUUUGUAACAACUGUGGAUUCUUGGGGCCCUUCAAAUUGUGAAAUUGUCCUUGUACUCUCAGCUCCUGCUCGGAUCUGGGUCAGGUAGAGGGCACUAGGGAUGGCGAAGUUCCUGCCCGUGAAAGAUUUAGGGGAAGAAGGUUAACCCUGAGAUCUAAACGUGUUCCAUCUGAACUGAAAGUUAUAUAUUUGAGGGAUAAGUCUAGGACUGGUUCUUUGUAAAGAUGGUGUCAAGGAGGUGCAGGAUGGAGAUGGGAGAUUUCAUGGAGCCUGGUCAGCAAGCUCUGUACCAGGUUGAACACCGAGGAGCUGUCAAGGUAUUUGGAAUAUCUUCAUUGUAAGUAGGAAGGGCUUUCAAGAGGGGACAGAUAGUCAGUACAGCCGACCAGGAACAUGUCGGCGUUUUCUAUAUAUAUUUUUUAUCAUUAUAUUGAGUUGUGUUUUCAGCAUUAUUGGUCAAGAUACCCAAGCAGUUUGUAUAGUUUCUGUCACUAGUAUUACAUAGUUUUCUGGUCAGCGUGUGUGAUCUUUGUGUCUCUUUUUGCCAAGCACAUUCUCAUUUUCUUGCUCAAAGACAGAUCUAGUUUCUGAUGGAAACAUUUUUUGUUCCUUAUCUUUCUUCUACAAGGGAUAAGAUUUGUUGUUUUUGUAAGAAAUGAGAUGCAGGAAAAAAAAAAAAAAAAAAAAAAAAAAAACACCACAAAACACUCCACUCCUACCCACCCCUCCCCACCCCCAGUCCAAUGAGUGGAUACCACUUAAGAUAGGAGUCUUCACAGGGAGAAGACAAUACCAAGAGCUUGUAUUGUUACCUUAAUCACCUUACUAGCAAUGUGUGGCUUUAAGAAUUUUAAACAUUUUCAGUCUUAGUUUGCAAAUUGGCAUUUCAGACUUACCAAGAUAAAAACAUCCACCCAUGUCUGUGUAUAUGUGCUCAGUGUGGCUUUAGAGCCUGUCCCUGGGGCUUAACAUUACUGGCCCUGACAGGAUGGGGGAAGCCCCUGGAAUUAAGUGAGCAUCUGGCCCAGGUCACAGUGGCCUGACCUCAGAUCAGCUUAAGGCUUUAGGUCCUCUCAGAAUUUGUAUUUCCAACUUCUCCCCUUCGGGGUGAGAGAGGAAGUGGGAAGGGUUAGGUACAGCCACUCUAGGCUCAGCAGGACACUAGAUCAUUCCAGAGUUUUCAGUCGCUUCCAGGAAGUGAUACUACAGUCAGUGCUCAGCUAAAAUCCCCAGGCCCAGGAAUAACUCCACUUAAACAGUUGUGACCAUCCAUCGUCCUCCACUAGAGGGGCUGAGCUUGACUGCCUAGAGCCAGGCAAGCACAGUAGUGUGUGUUUUCUUCAGCAUUAUUAUGCAAAACCCACUGGUUAGGGUGAUUUAUUUUAGGAUAGGAAAUGAAAUUGCCUCUCAGUGACAGGAAUGACCCAAGCCUGCUUCCUAUUUCGAUUUUUUUUUUUUUUAAACUGAUGGAUGGUGCAGCAUGUCUACAUGGUUGUUUGUUGCUAAACUUUAUAUAAUGUGUGGUUUUGAUUCAGCUUGAAAAAUAAUCUCACUACAUGUAGCAGUACAUUUUAUGUACAUUAUAUGUAUUGUUAGUAUUUCUGCUUUGAACCCUUGAUAUUGCAAUGGAAUUCCAACUUUAUUAAAUGUAUUUGAUAUGCUAGUUAUUGUGUGCGAUUUAAACUUUUUUUGCUUUCUCCCUUUUCCGGUUGUGCGCUUCCUUUUACAACAAGCCUCUAGAAACAGUUUCUGAGAAUUACUGAGCUUUGUUUGUAAUGCAGAUGUACUUAGGGAGUAUGUAAAAUAAUCAUUUUAACAAAGGAAAUAGAUAUUUAAAAUUUAAUACUAACUAUGGGAAAAGGGUCCAUUGUGUAAAACAUAGUUUAUCUUUGGAUUCAAUGUUUGUCUUUAGUUUUACAAAGUAGCUUGUAUUUUCAGUAUUUUCUACAUAAUAUGGUAAAAUGUAGAGCAAUUGCAAUGCAUCAAUAAAAUGGAUAAAUUUUCUGAUUC